AGCUACAGAGGUGCGGCUCUGUGUCAGCUGGGUGACAGCUCCUUGGGCAGUUUCCUGCCAGGCUUUCUUUGAGGCAGCUACACCUCUGCUAGCCACUGUUUGUGGUCUACCUCUUCUUGUCUGGGAAGAAAAAGAAGAGCCUUGAGGACCUACUGCUGCCUACCCAGGCUAAAGAAAUGUCAACAAUUGGGAGCUUUGAAGGAUUCCAGCCCGUGUCUCUGACGCAGGAGGGAGAUGACCAGCCCUCCGAGAAUGACCACUUGUCCACAGAGGAGGCGGGGGACUCAGGCAAGGACCCAGGACAAAGACAGAUUUCAAGACAGCAGAGUGUGACUAAAUCGACGCUUUACCCCAAUCCUUAUCACCAGCCCUACGUGUCACGGAAGUACUUUGCCACACGGCCGGGGGCCAUUGAGACUGCUGUGGAAGACUUGAGAAGCCAUGUCACGCAGACUUCUGGAGAGAGCGUUCAAGGGUUCUGGCUCCUGACACAGAUUGAUCACUGGAACAAUGAGAAAGAAAAGGUCCUUUUUCUCACAGACAAGACCCUCUUGAUCUGCAAAUAUGACUUCAUCAUGCUCAGCUGUGUGCAGAUGCAGCAGGUUCCCUUGAGUGCCAUCUGUCGCAUCUGCCUGGGAAAAUUUGUCUUCCCAGUGAUGUCUCUGGACAAGAGAUCAGGAGAAGGCCUUAGGAUUUGCUGGGGGAGCACCGAGGGGCAGUCUCUACUGUCGCGAUGGAACCCGUGGUCUACUGAGGUUCCCUAUGCUACCUUCACUGAACACCCUAUGAAAGACACCAGUGAGAAGUUCCUUGAGAUCUGCAAGUUGUCUGGGUUCAUGUCUAAGCUUAUUCCAGCUGUUGAGCGUGCUCACAAGAAUUCUGCCGGAUCUGGAAGAGGAGAGGAACUGAUGGUGUUAACCCAACCCAUCCUGAUCGAGACCUACACUGGGCUCAUGUCCUUCAUUGGAAACCACAACAAACUUGGCUAUUCUCUUGCUCGUGGGAGUAUUGGCUUUUGAGACUCUUAGUACAAAGUACAUCAUCUGUAGAUGACCAUUUGCUUAAAUUCACUACAUUUUUUUUGAAUUAUAAAAGUCAUUUUCAAAUAAUAUUCACGGGACUGACUUACUAGUGUUUUAGGAAGUCUAAAAGCUUGGUUAGACUGGUAGACAAUUUAAGUCUCAAAUGAGAGAAAUUGAAUUCUCUUAAAAUGAGAAUAAAGACUUCUCAUCUCAUUUAAUGUUGUGUCAUGAGCACCUAAUUAAUAUCUCUGAACAGAAUCCAUGAUGCAAUCUAAAUUUAAAUUUGCUAAAAUUUAAAUUUUUGUCUUUGUAUUCCUCACAUACACUGGGACUUUCAUCAUCUUAGUUUUCAUCCCUUGAGUCCUGUUUUAUUCUCACUGGGCUCUCAUUGGAUCUGCUAUUACAGCUGCCAUUUAUGGGUGCAUUCCAAUUUAUACCCCAUAUAUAUAUAUAUAUUUAUUUAUCCCAAGAUUCAGGCUCUUCCUUAUGCCAGUCAUUCCUAUGCUAGUGUUUCUAACGCCUCCUUGCAUUCAGCAUUUCUCUAUAUUUUUUGAAUCCAUACCUGAAACCUACCAGUUUUGGCUGGUUUGAAUUCUAUGUCAAAUGUGUCCUGUUACAGUAAUAUAUGGAUAUGCAACAUAGCAUUAUAUCCAAGCUUAAAAAUACAUUCUUCUAAGGCUAAUACAUUCUUCUAAGGCAUUAACAUAGAGCUUGCCCAACUUGUACAAAGUCUUAAAUUUGAUUUUUAACACUGAAAAGGAAAAGAAAAAAAAAAAACAAAUCAAAAAUAAAAA